AUGGACACCAACACGAAAAAGAUGGAGGUCUUGCUCAACAACCCGCAAGAUUGGUCCAUCUGGAACAACAAGUUCCACGCUCACGCCUGCGACCGAAAGCUCUGGCUGUGGAUUGCCAACGACCCUGCCGCUGGGCUCCUCAAGAGGUUCCCGGCCGAGCCAGUGCCUCCAAACUUUGCGGAGCUGCAGACGGCCCCAGAGAGAGAUAGGGCCCAGAAAGAAUACUCCCAACAGUGGCAAAUCUACACCCAUCACUUUCGACUAUACGAAAAACAGGAAGACUCACUCCGCGAGCUUCGGGACUGGAUCUCAAAGACGAUAUGUCAUACAUACUAUCAGACCUGCUGCAACCCCGAUGAGUCCUUGCGCGUGUGGUGUAGCGAUUGA